UGACUCGUGACAUUUGACACUUGACAGUUUGUUCUAAAGUUAUGAAGACACGCGAAAACAAGAAUUUAUGAGCGAAAUGCGCUGCAAGCGCUCCUUUUGAGCCGUAGUUUUGAAAUGAGCACCCUUUUCCGUUUAUAAACUUUAUGAGAUAUGGAUUGAUUCUGACUUUCAUGAUUAGUUUUGAGGUUCGCAACAAGACACUGAAGUAUUAGAAAACUAAUGAAUCGAGUUUUUGAACUUUUUCGUUUUUUAUCUUUUCGUAUGUAAUCAUUUAUGGAGGUUGAUAUUGAAAUGUUUAUGAAAAAUGACAGUAUAUAUUACAAUAAAAUAAAAUUUUAAGUAAAAGAAAAAAGCUGACAGAAGACUCCCAUUCAAAACUUGUGAUAGCAAUAAGAAAUAAUUUAUUUUAAAAUGGUGGUGGUGGCGCACAGCUCGCGGGAGCUGGUGAAGGAGAACGCGUCGCUGCGCGCGCCGCUGUCGGGCGCGUGGCUGCUGGCGGCGCUGGCGGCGCUGCUGGCGGCGCUGGCGGCCGUGGCGCACAUCGACCACGCGCUGCCCGCGCCGCUGGGCGCCGACGCGCCGCGCGAGCGCUUCCGCGGGCUCGUCGCGCACCAGCUGCUCGUCAACCUCACCUCCAUCGGGCCCCGGGUGGCGGGCAGCUACGAGAACGAGGUGCUGGCGGUGAGCAUGCUGGUGUCCACCAUCAAGCACAUCGCGCAGCACGCGUCGCCGCACAACCGCAUCGAGCUGGACGUGCACGCCGGCAGCGGCGCCUUCGCGCUCUCCUUCAUGGACGGCAUGAGCAACGUGUACCGCGGCGUGCAGAGCGUGGUGGCGCGCGUGCGCGGCGCGGGCGGCCGGCCGCGCGACCGCUCCGCGCUGCUGCUCAACUGCCACUUCGACACCGUGCCCGACAGCCCAGGCUGGUCGUGCGCAGGCGCGAGCGACGACGGCGCCGGCUGCGCCGUGCUGCUGGAGACCAUGCGCGCGCUGGCCGCGCAGCCGCGCCCGCUGCGCCACGACGCCAUCUUCCUGUUCAACGGCGCCGAGGAGAACAUCCUGCAGGCCUCGCACGCCUUCAUCACGCAGCACCGGUGGGCGCGGGACGUGCGCGCCUUCAUCAACAUCGAGGCGUGCGGCGCGGGCGGCCGCGAGGUGCUGUUCCAGGCGGGCCCGCACGACCCCUGGAUCAUCGAGAUGUACGCGAGCGAGGCGCCGCACCCCUUCGCGUCGUCGGUGGCACAGGAGCUGUUCGAGAGCGGCCUCAUCCCCGCGGACACUGACUUUCGCAUCUUCCGCGACUUCGGCAACCUGUCGGGCGUGGACCUGGCGUGGAGCGCCAACGGGUACGUGUACCACACGCGGCUGGACACGGCGGCGCGCGUGCCGGCGGCGGCGCUGCAGCGCACGGGCGACAACGUGCUGGCGCUGGCGCGCGGGCUGCUGGCGGGCGGCGCGCUGGACGCGGCGCCGGAGCGGGCGCGGCUGCCGGUGUACUUCGACGUGCUGGGCCGCGUGGUGCUGUGCGCGCGCGCGCCGGCCGCGCUGCUGACGGCGCUGGCGGUGCUGGCGCUGGUGCUGCUGAAGCUGCGGGCGAGCGCGGAGGCGGCGCGCGGCGCGCUGGUGGCGUCGCGCGGCGGCUGGGCGCGGGCGGUGCUGCGCGCGCUGCUGCUGGGCGGCGCGGCGUCGCUGGCGGGCGCGGGCGCGGCGCUGCUGGUGGCGCUGGCGCUGCACGCGGCGGGCGCGCCGCUCAGCUUCUACUCGCGCGUCGAGCUGCUGGCGCCGCUGUACGCGCUGCCCGCGGUGGCGGGCACGUGGGCGGCGGCCGCGCGGCUGUGGGGCUCGCCGGCGCUGCUGCGCGGCUGGUGGGCGGCGCGGGCGUGGCACGAUGCGCACGCCGCCGCCGCCGCCGCGCUGCUGGCGCUGGGGGCCGCGGCCGGCCUGCGCUCCGCCUUCCUGCCCGCGCUGUGGGCGGGCGCCGCGGCCGGCGCGGACCUGGCGGCGAGCGCGCUGCGCCUGCGGCCGGGCGCGCGCGCGGCGCUGUGGGCGGCGGCGGCGGCGCUGCCGGCGGCGCAGACGCUGUACCUGGCGCUGGGCUCGCUGCGCAUGUUCGUGCCGGUGAUGGGGCGCGCGGGCGCGGGCGCGCUGCCGCCCGACGCCGCCAUGGCGCUGCUGGUGGCGCUGCUGACUCUGGCCGCCACGGGCUGGCUGCUGCCGCUGGCGCUGGCGGCGCGCGGCGUGGCGCGGCUGGCGCGCGGCGCGGCGCUGCUGACGGCGCUGGCGGCGCUGCUGGCGCUGUCGCCGCUGGGCCGGCCGUACAGCGCGGAGCGGCCGCAGCGGCUGAUGGUGUUCCACACGCGGCGCACGCUGCACGCGCCGCUGGCCGCGCGGGACGCGGUGGAGCACAUGUACUGGGUGCCGGAGCUGGACGCCAACACGCCGCGCACCGUGCUGCGACACGUGGCGGGCGCGGCGGCGCUGGAGGCGGCGGCGUGCGCGCGCCUGCUGUACUGCGGCGCGCCCUACUACCUGCCCGUGCGCACGCUCGUGCCGCGCUGGCUCGCGGCGCCCGCGCCCGCGCCUCCCCGCGUGCGGCUCUGCGCCGGCGUGGCGCGCAGGCGCCUCAACGCCACGGCGCUGGAGCUGUCGCUGCGGCUGGCGGGCGCGGCGCACGCGGUGGUGGCGCUGGCGCCGGCGGCGGGCGCGCGGCUGGCGUGGAGCAGCGCGCUGGCGGCGCCGGCGGAGGGCGCGGGGUGGGGCGGGCGGCGCACGUACUUCGUGGCGCUGCACGCGGGCGGGCGCGCGGCGGGCGGCGCGUGGCGGCUGCGGCUGCUGCUGACUCAUGAGCCGGGGCUGGCGGCGCCGCACUGGGCGGACGUGGCGCUGGCGGCGCACGCGCAGUUCGGCGCGCACAAGCUGGCGCCGGCGCACGCGGCGCUGCUGGCGCGGCUGCCGGACUGGGUGGCGGCGACGGGCUGGGGCGUGGACCUGCACCUGUACCGCGUCUAGCGCCGUCUCUUGUUCGUUUUCUGCGCGUGUCUGUUGUCGAUUGUUUGACUUUUGCUAUUCUUUUCUGUUUGUUCACGUUUUUGUUAUAAUUUUUCUAAUUAGAUAGUAUUUAAGUAAGUCUGUAAGACCAUUCGAUCGAUCCCCAGAGGACGCAAACAAAAAUAUAUCAAUCACGAAAUACAGACAAUAGGACAGACAUAUACGAAGUAAAUUGCUUGCACUCACCGCGCCUCUCGCUCAGCGCCGCGCUCGCACUGCGCUGCACGACGUCAGUGCCGUGUGCCGCGACCCGCCGCCGACACACUUGCGUCAGGGUGAAUAGGCAACCUACGCGCAUUUAAUAUUACAAACAUUGAAUUACAUACUUGAUAAAAACAACACAAAAUACAUUCAUCACUAUCGGCCUCAUCAUUAUUGGCCUUAUAAUAAUUAUAAUUUUAACAUUAAGCGUUCUUAAUUAUAAGAUCAAUAAAACAUUAGGAAAUCAAUAGUUUCUGCGGAUAUCUGUGGUCAACGAGGGGUUAAGAAGUAGAAAUAAAUAUCGAUGAUGAGGUGCUGUUUUAGUUUUCACCACAUUCAGACAGGCUCUUGUCGAUACUUGUUUCAGUUUGUACGGGUUAAACUAAUUAAACUUGAUAUUAGGCGUGGUUUUGUAAAAAUAGCUUUAAUUUGAAUCACUUGGGAACUCUUGCAUCUAUCACAGGCAAGGUUAUAAAUAUUUGGGUAUAUACUAGUAGUAACAUUUUCGGUAGCUCGAAUUGUGGAUACUGAACAAACUGUGCCUUAAUGUUCUGGCACUUGUUAGCUACAAUGUAUUUAGCAGUUGUCGCAUAGACAGACAAACGAGCUGUGAUCGCCUAGCUGUAACAUAUUUUAGUUGUUAAUAGAUAAGUGAUGGCAUUGUGGGCGAAGCUUUCCUUCCUACGUGCGAUGGACGGAUUGUGUAGUGUAGAGCUACAAUAAAAUAUUGAUUUUGAGAUGACUGCAAAUAAAAAGUAUGGGAGGAGAGUUUUCUCCCAUCACGUCAACACACGUGCAAGGCCACUGCACUUCUGGGAAGUAAGCAUGACAUGGCAUAGGGGCAGCCUAGAUGAUCUUCAGUUUGCCAGGUUAGGCAGACGUAAUGUACCUGUUGUAAACCUCAGAGCAUAGUGUCGUAUGCAGUUAGUAUAUAAUCUAUGUAUAUUUAAACUCGUCAUUGGGUUGUUAUUACGUUGGUUUCAAUAAUUAUCGUUUUUCAGUUAUAUAUACUUAAUGUACAUUUUAUAUACAA